ACAGUGACCUACUGAUAUCUCAUAAAUGAAGGGACUCAUGGUUAGAAAACACCUUCAUUGCUCUCUCUCAUGGUCUUUUUCAGAAACUGCGUAGAUUAGGGUUUUAAGAGCACAAAUGGCAGAGAUGGAGGAGGAUGAUCGGUGGUCUCACCUCCCAAAUGACCUCUCAACUAUGAUCGCCAAACGUCUCCACAAUCGCCUCGACAAUCUCCGACUUCGCUCCGUCUGUUCUUCAUGGCGUUCCGCAAUUCCACCCUUCAAGCAAAACCCUUUCCCUCUCCACGUUCCCUUCUACUUCCCUUCUCACCUUUCCAUCCAUCCAGAGGGUCGCGCUCACUAUGCUUUCUUCCAAAGCACCAUCUACUUCCUCCAACCACCCAUGGAACAAAACCCCAAACCAAACGUCCCCAAUUCCACUCCUUGGUUGCUCAGGGUGGAAGAGAUCGAAAAUGGAAAAAUGCAUCCUCUCAACCCUCUCUCGAAAAUCUCGACCGACCACGUGCCCAAAGCGUUUCCCACGGUGCUAAACUUGCUCAACUUCCGAAUCACUGAAAUAGGUCAAACUUAUAAUCUUCAGUUCGUUGAUCUCAACAAUAAGAAAAUCGAGACCAAAUGGGAAGAAUCGGUGAUUCAAACUAAGAAAGUAGUUGUCUCGUCGAAUCCGUGGACAACUGAUGGUGUUGAUUAUGAGGUCAUGGCCAUCCAGAGAACGAAAUUGUGGUUCUUGAAACUUGGGGAUGAGAAAUGGAGUGAUAUUAGAGCUCCAGAACCAGGACGAUCUUGCCACUACAAUGACUGUGUGUAUCACAAAGGAAAGUUUUUUGCUGUAAACGAUAGAGGAAGCACUGUAGUGAUUGGUUCUGACUUGAGGGCUGAGGAAAUUGUACCACCAAUUCGGAUGAACAAAAGGAUAGCAUCAAUGCGGGGUGGUAUAAGUGUUAAAUAUAGGUACUUGGUGAGUUCAUGGGGUGAUUUGUUUUUGGUUACUAAGUGCACAGGGUCUUAUGAAAAAUUUGUGUAUGAUAAGCGUGAUAUGCCGCUUCACUUUAAAGUUUAUAAGCUGAAUGAAGAGAAAAAAGAAUGGGGAAGGGUUGAAACUUUGGGCGAUAGAGUGUUCUUUGUUGGUGAUAACUGCUCUUAUUGUGUUUCCACCUGGGAUUUUGCUGGUCUGAAAGGGGAUUGCAUUUAUUUCUGUGAUAAUCUGUUUACUAAUUACAACGACGAAGACAAAAACCUUACAGAAAUAUGUGGAGACUCCGGCGUUUACAGCUUGGCAGAUGAUAGUUGCAGACCUCUAGCACGUUUCUCAGACCAUUCACAGAUCUUCUGGCCACCCCAAGCUUGGUUUAAGCCAAAACCACCAAGAAUUGAAUGAUGAGCUGAUAUGGGACUUUUUGCACUUCUAGGGAUGGUGGUGCUUUUAUGAUGUAAUUGAAGAACAUAUGGACAUGCUUAGCACUAGUUAUAUAGGUUAACUCUUUUUUGUGUCCAAGUCAGUUUGAUUUGUAGUAUGUACACAGAUACAGUGUAGCAAGGAUAAAAUUGUGUUCUUUUGGCAACA